GGGACAAGGGCAGGACGAUGGGGGAGAGUGAGUGAGAGAGGGAGCCAAGGGGGAUGGAGAUGAUAGGAAGAGAGAGAGAGGGUGGGAGUGAAGGAGUGAAAAGCCGGAACGUCAUCACACUGCAUUUUGGAGGCUGAGACCCUACACCGUCUGAGAUUCACAGUCAUGUAGACUGCAAACAAGAUUCAGAGUGAAAUGGACCGGACGAUCCAUUUCAGAGAAACGUAGACCGUGCACUCAUUUCAGAGAAAUAUAAACAUAGUGAAUUCUAUUUUGCAGCAAGAAUACUAUGACAAAAGUCCGUAUAAAGUACCAAGAUAAAUUGUGCCAAAGAGUUCAUGGUCUGUGGAAAGGUCUGGCUUGGAGUCAGAAGUCUCUGAUCCCGUGUCUCGGGAGUCGGGCGGAUCGAGGGUCGGUGUCUCGACAGGACCCGUGUGUCGUCAGGGAUGUUGGGAUAUCUGCAACGGUGUGUCUGGAGAUGCUCUAUACCAUUCUGAAAGCCCUUGUGAUGGUUGGUUCCCAAGAUCCUCGGGACACUCUUCAAUGCAAGCACAUCUUAGAAGAGAGGCCGAAACUGCUCGCAAUACUCCAUGUGGUCUGACCAAUGCCCUAUAAAGCCUCAGCAUUAAAUGCUUGCUUUUCUGUUCUGGUCCUCGUGCAAUGGGAGGACAUUUUUACCAUCCGGGUGCAUCACAGGUUGGUACGGCAACUGCUCUACCCCGACGGCCAGAACCUGCAGAGGGUUGAACACUCAGCUCAGCACGUCACGGAAGCCAGCCUCCCUCCAUGGACUCCAUCUGUACUUCAGUAACGCAACCAAAAACCCCUCCUGUUCUAGACGUUCUCUCGCUCCCCUCCAGUCAGCACGAGAUACAAAAGCCUGAAAGCUCAUACCAGGCUCAAGGGCAACUUCAUCCACACUUCUCAAACUCUUGACCAAACCUCUCGUACACUGAAAGGUGAACCCUUGUCUAUCCCAUCGUGGCCCUUGAACUUUAUUUGUCUGCCUGCACUCUCUCGGUAACUGUCACCUUCGAUUCUGCACUCUGUACCAGCCUGAUGUACUGAUCUGUCCUGAAUGGCUUACAGACAAAAGCUUUUCACUCUACCUCAGCACCUGUGACAAUGCUAAACCGAUACCAACGAAACCCAGUCCUGAUGACGAGUCGUCAAUCUAAAAUGUUAAUUCUGUUACAAGAACAAAAUGCUGCAAAUACUCAGCAGGUUAGGAAGCAACCAAACAGAAAGAACGAUUCAAGUAGAAGACCAUUACUAUCUGGGGGAACUCCAAGCAGAAUGUACAGUCUCCACAUAUGAGCACACAUGGAUAGACACACUCACACACACACUCACACACACACACACUCACACACACUCACACGCACACACACACACACACACCCUCACACGCACACACAUGCGCACACACAGGCACUCACACACACACACACGCGCAGACACACGCACGCACCCACAUGCACACACACACGCACACACACAUGCACACACACACACUCACACACACACACAUACACACACACAUGCACACACACACACACACACACACACACACACACACGCACACACACAUGCGCACACACAGGCACUCACACGCACACACACGCGCAGACACGCACGCACCCACAUGCACACACACACACGCACACACACAUGCACACACACACACACUCACACACACACACACACAUACACACACACACUCACACACACACACACUCACACUCACACUCACUCACACACGCACACACAUGCGCACACACAGGCACACGCACACACCCACAUGCACACACACGCACACACACACACAUGCACACACAUGCACGUGCGCACACACACACAGUCACACACGCACAUGCACACACACACGCGCACACACAUGCACACACGCACACACAGACAUGCACACAAACAUGAAUGCUCUCACACGCACACACACGCCCUCACACAUACACACGCACACACACAUACACAGACACACACGCACACGUACAAACACAUGCACACAGACGCGCGCACACACACAUGUAUGCAUGCACAUGCACACACACACCCUCACACACACGCACGCAGACGCACACACAAAUGUGCGCACACGCACACACAGACACACACACGCACACACACAGACAGACACACACACAUGCACGCACACACAUACAGACACGCGCGCACACACACAGACACACACACACACACACAGACACACGCACACACAUGCGCGUGCACACACACACACCCACCAAGUUACAGAGGUACACAAUUACAAACAUGCAGUUACACAUGCACACAUACAGUUACAAAAAGAUACAGAUACACAAACAGACACACACACAUACAGUUACAGACACAGUUACCCAGACACAUACAUAUAGUUCCAUAUGCUUUGAAACUACAGCUGUGAGGAUCCCUGCGGCAUCUGAUAACCCUGUGAUCCCUGUCUCAGAGGCCGGUGUUAGACUGUCUUUAAAGAGAGUGAAUCCUCGCAAGGCAGAAGGUCCCGAUGGAGUACCUGGUAAGGCUCUGAAAACCUGCGCCAACCAACUGACGGGAGUAU